AUGGGCUUCAUCAUUGUACUUCACAUGGCAAUCGUGAUACAUCUCUCUUUGGUACCUGUAGUCAUUCUCAGGCCAUCGCAGAAUGGAACACAGAAAGCAGUUAUUGUUUGGAUCCACGGUGGAUGUUUCACAGGAGGAGCUGGAACGUCCGGAAAACCGGAGUACUUCGUGGACAACGAUGUCAUACUCGUGACCAUAAAUUACCGCCUGGGAAUUCUCGGAUUUUUGAGCACCAGAGAUGAAGUCGUUCCCGGAAAUAUGGGUCUGAAGGAUCAAGUAGAGACCCUUCGCUGGGUGCAGAGGAACAUAGCAGCGUUUGGUGGCGAUCCAGAGAAAGUAACUAUCCUGGGUCAAAGCGCUGGAGGGGCAUCCAUUCAUUACCACCUCCUUUCUCCACUUAGCAAAGGACUCUACAAGAACGCCAUAGCAAUGAGCGGAUCAGCAUUAAACCCUUGGGAAUUCUCUAGAAAUGCAACAGACAGAGCAAUCCGGUUUGCCCAGCACUGGGGGUACACAGGAGGAAGUUCCACCGAUCUUUCAAAUUUUCUGAAAACUUUGAAUGCAAGUAGGCUAGUGUUGGACAGGAAUGUUGCACUAUCGGAAGAGGAUAGCGUGACUCUGUACAGCUGUGUCUGGGCGCCAAGUGCUGAACCAGAACAUGAAGGAGCGUUUCUGUCUGAAGAGCCGUGGGUGGUUAUGACGGAAGAGCGUUACAACCACGUCCCUUUUCUCUCUGGUGCCACAGACAUGGAGCGUCUUAGACACACGCAGAAAGGUGGCGCAUUAUCGACUGAAGAACAAAUACAGAACUUUAAUGACAACUUUGAAGAGAUUGUGGGCUGCGAUCUACGACUUCCGACAAGGGAAGAACAGCUGGAAGCCGCUCAUUCCAUCAAAGAAUUUUACUACAAUGGCAGUGACAUCACUUUGAAGGACAACUAUACGACUGUUUUGUUCGACACUCACGAAUGCUUCGUGGAAGGCGUGGACGCAGUUGUCCAGAGGAUGGCUCGUUAUUCCUCUGAGCCAGUAUUCUACUACCAGUUCACAUUUGUCGGCCCUCUCAGCGUAUUCCCUGAAGGACCAGAAUGGCGGCCUUUGUUGCUGGUAGGAAAACGGAUUUUCCUGCUGUUCUGGGACAAAAUUUCGAAGCUCACUGUCGUCCUGUAA